GCCUCUGAUAUUUGCUCACAAUAGGGGAAUGUGAAAAAAAUAAUUUCAUGCGCUGAGAGCUUAAAUUUAAUGCUUUUUAAAAAUAAAGGAAUGUCUCCUUUAAGUAAAAUGAGCCAGCUUAAGGAUUUAAUGGUACGUUUACACGCUUGCCAAACCUUGGCAAACGGCAAACAGCCCCAAGCCUAUACAAAUCUCGUUUGGCGUUUGAAUGGCGUUUACACGCUUGUGAAUGCGUCAGUCUGCAAUAAACAUCCAAGCAUGGCGGACACCGAACUUGUGGCGGCUAUUGCAUUUGGUUUAACGUACAUUUAUUUAAAAUGCAAGCAAAGUGAAACAAAAAAAAGGAGAGCUCGACGACAGCGAAGAUGGUGGAUGAAAAAGAUUCAUCGUAAUGGUACCAGGUGACUACUAUUUUGAUUAAACCAUUAUCUGUUGCAGUUACGUUAUACCACAAUACUUACGAUAUAUUAUAUUUUUUACAGACAAUUUAUGGAAGAGAAAUUUAGUGAACUUUUAUAUGAACCAUCUGGAGAGUUCGAUAACUUUUGCCGAAUGAGCUAUCCUGAUUUUGAGUUUUUACUGCAGAAAAUUUCACCAAUGAUAUCCAAGCAUGAUACAGACUUCAGAGAAGCUAUACCAGCCAAAUUUCGUCUUGCCAUUACGCUACGAUUUUUAGCAUCUGGUGAUUCUUACAUAAGCCUUCACUACUUGUUUAAAGUAUCUGUCUCUACGAUAUCGAUAAUCAUUCGUGAAGUUUGCCGAGCUCUUAAUGAGAUUCUAAAGGAUCAAGUUAAGAUGCCCACCACAGCAGAAGGAUGGCUUAAUAUAGAAGAAGGAUUCAGGACGAAAUUUCCACAUUGCAUAGGUUCAUUGGAUGGCAAGCAUGUAGUUAUUGAAAGCCCAGCUCAUAGUGGAACAGAGUAUUUCAAUUAUAAGAGAACGUUUAGCAUUGUUCUUUUGGCGUUAGUGGAUAGCAAAUACAAAUUUGUGUUCGCAGACAUCGGGACUCAAGGAAGAAUAAGUGACGGUGGCGUCUUUAAUAAUUGUUUACUAUGGAAAAGUAUAUGUAGAAACGAGAUAGAUUUUCCACCGCCUUGUCCACUUCCAGGAUCGAAUAUUAAUAUUCCAUACGUGUUUUUAGCUGACGGUGCGUUUGCAUUGAGUCAACGCGUAAUGAAGCCCUACCCUGGAAACCAUGAAGUAGGCUCACCAAAAAGGUUAUUUAACCAAAACUUAUCUAGAUCCCGAGUUGUAGUUGAAAAUACGUUUGGAAUUUUAACCUCAGUUUUCAGAAUAUUCAGACGCCCUAUCGAUUUAGCACCACAAACUGUGACGGAAUUUACGAUGACUUGUGUAUUACUACAUAACUUCUUGAGAACAAGUAAAAGUUCUUCAAACCGAUAUACUCCUCCGAGUUCGUUUGCCGUAUAUGACAGUAAUGGAAAUAUGGUAACCCGUGGUUCAUGGCGCAGAGAUAACGACAUAUAUAAUGCAUUGCAAAAUUUACCACAAAUACCACGAAGAUCUCCGCUGAAUGCCAAAGAAGUCAGGGAAGAAUUUACUUCAUAUUUUAAUAGGAUGAGAUAAGUUCACAAAAAUAAGCAUAUAUACGGUCGAAUUGAGAAACUUCCUCCUUUUUUAAAGUCAG